AAAACGCAUUUGGUCUGUAUUUCCGCAUCUUUUUUUCUCCGGGAAAGUGUGGGCACCAAGGUCUGUACCUUGGGCUGGCGUGGGACGCGACCCGCCGCCGAAAGAAGAGCAGGCGGUCGUCACUCACCUCUCUUAAACGCGCCCCCUUCCUGGGGCUCCCGAGGCUGCGAGCAGCGAUGGGGGGCUUUGAGGCCAGAUGGGGGAGGGAUACCGCGGCGGUUUCCACCCUCGGCCAUUCCCCAGGAUGGGCUUUUCCCGGCCAUUUUUCUACUCCCAGGGUCUCUGACCCAUUCUGUUUAUUCUCUCCAGCAUCCAUUCAUGUCUUCCUCUAUUCAGCCAAUUUUUAACCCAGCGCUUACUAAUGCAAGCACUGUUUCAGAUGUUGGGACUGCAACAGUGAACAAGACUGACAAAAAUCCCUGCCCUCUUGAAGCCUAGAGGCCUACAUUUAUUUUAGCGAGAGAACAACAAACAGUAUAUAAGUAAUUCAUGCACCAUGUUGGAAAGUGAUAAAGUACCAUAAAUAAAAAGAAGAAUUAAUGUAAACCAAGAUAUUCAGAAAAACAAGAUGAGAGAUCACAGCUGGCUUCAUGUUGCUGAUGAACCUCUAAUUUGGGGCAAUAUCGGACACCUCAAACCAAACAGCAGCUUCCCUGUGGGUUAAGAAGGGCCCUUGGAUGAUACCACUAAGACUUAUGAACCCCAAAAGAGACUGACAUCAACAGGGGUCACUUCAUAACUUGUUUGGGAGCUGGAUUGAACCAAAAGGAAGAAACCAAGACAGUGGCAGAAGACUGCGAAAGAAAAAAAGAUGGAGAAGGUUGUGCUGUUGGAUACAAGUCCAGGACCACCAAGCCAGCUACUUUGGACACCCCCUGAUGCCCAGCUCCUUCGGGAAAGAGCUCUACCAACUCUUCAAUAUCCUGCCUGUGCCAAAGAUGGAGGCCAAGGAAACCUACUAGAAGCAGAUACCACAUUGAUAAGCCAGGCCCAAGAGUCAGUGAUGUUUGAGGACAUAGCUGUGAAGUUCACCAGCGGGGAGUGGCAGUAUCUGACCUAUGAUCAAAGGCAUCUCUAUAAAGAUGUGAUGUUGGAAAAUUAUGGGAACAUGAUAUCACUUGGAUUUUCAUUUCCUAAACCUCAUUUGAUCUCUCAUCUGGAGCAAGGGGCAGACCCUUAUGUUCAAGAUCUACCAGAUAGGGAGUUCCUGAGCUGUUCCUACCCAGUGUCAACUGAUAAGACAUGGCCUGACAAUGAGAAGACAAGUUCAGAACAAGAUUUUUUUGAAAAUGGAAUAAUCUACAAGGUGAAAUUUAACAGUCUCCUGCAGGUUGUUUCCCAGGAUCCUGAAGUUGGAGAAGCUUGUCUUCAAGGUGUCAAAUUUGAGAAUCAAUGGGAAACACCUAUAAUGAGAGAAGAGAAAGGCAGCUCUGCAGAAGUGGCUUUCAAAAUAGGAAAGAAUCCAAAGAUACUUAGAAAAAACUCUAAUCCAAACUCAAAACAUUUUCCAUAUAAUAGAGUUCUUAUAGCACAGAAAUGCCAUGAAUGUGCCAAUUGUGGCAAAAACUUUAAUUGGCAUUCAGACCUGAUUCUCCAUGAGCAAAUUCAUUCUGGGGAGAAACCCCAUGUGUGUAAUACGUGUGGGAAAGCAUUCAAGACCAGAAAUCAGCUUUCUAUGCACCAGAUAAUCCACACAGGAAAGAAACCUUUUAACUGUACCCAGUGUGGGAAGUCCUUCAAUAGUAGAUCAGCUCUUUGCCGACAUAAAAAAACCCACAGUGAAGAUAAGCCUCAUGAGUGCAGGGACUGUGGGAAGGCCUUCAAGACCAGAAACCGACUCUGUGUGCAUCAGCUUGUCCACACUGGGGAAAAGCCUUUUGAGUGUAAUGACUGUGGGAAGGCCUUUCAGUUUAAGCAUUCCCUUACCAUCCAUGUUAGAAUCCACACUGGAGAGAAACCAUAUGAAUGUGAGCAGUGUGGGAAGGCUUUCAGUGGGAGUUCAGACCUCACCAAACACACAAGAAUCCACACUGGGGAACGACCAUAUAAGUGCAGUGAGUGUGGGAGGACCUUUAGUCAGAGCUCAGACCUGAGCAAACACAAACGAAUCCACACUCAGGAGAAACACUAUGGGUGUCCCCAGUGUGGAAAAGCCUUCACUAUCAAGGCAGAGCUCACCAAACACAGGAAGGUCCACACAGAAGAGAAACCAUACAAGUGUGAGGAGUGUGGGAAAGCUUUUCGUCAUAACUGUAAGCGCAGGGCUCAUGAAAGAGAACACACCGGGGAGAAGCCCUAUCCAUGUGGGGCUUGUGGGAAAGCCUUCCAGGAUCAGCACUGCCUUACUAUCCAUCAGAGAAUCCACACAGGAGACAAGCCUUAUAAAUGUUCGGAGUGUGGCAAAGCUUUCAAUGGGAAGUCAAACUUAACCAAUCAUCAGAGAAUCCACACUGGCGAGAAACCUUACAAAUGCGAGGUGUGUGGAAAGGCCUUUCCUCAUAAUUCAGUCCUGAGGCAGCACAAAAGAAUCCACACUGGUGAAAAGCCAUAUACCUGCUAUGAGUGUGGCAUGUCUUUCCGGCAGGGCUCAGCUCUAAUUGGACAUAAGCGAGUUCAUACUGGGGAGAGACCUUAUGAGUGUGAGGAGUGUGGAAAAACUUUCAGAGUGAGUUCAAAUCUUAGUGGACAUAAGAAAAGAAAACAUUGGGCGGCGCCUAUGGCUCAGUCAGUAAGGCGCCGUCCCCAUAUACCGAGGGUGGUGGGUUCAAACCCGGCCCCGGCCAAACUGCAACCAAAAAAUAGCUGGGCGCUCGGGCGGCGCCUGUGGCUCAAGGAGUAGGGCGCCAGUCCCAUAUGCCGGAGGUGGCGGGUUCAAACCCAGCCCUGGCCAAAAAAAAAAAAAAAAUAGCUGGGCGCUGUAGCGGGUGCCUGUAGUCCCAGCUACUCGGGAGGCUGAGGCAGGAGAAUCGCCUUAAGCCCAGGAGUUGGAGGUUGCUGUGAGCUGUGUGAGGCCACGGCACUCUACCGAGGGCCAUAAAGUGAGACUCUGUCUCUACAAAAAAAGAAAAAAAAACAUUGACUAUGGAGAACUCAUGAACUUGGUGAGAGAGGUCCAGAAAGUUUCUCAGACCUCAGCAUUCAGUAUUUGGAACACCAAUGCUUGAGUGUAGUGAUUUUGGUAUAUACACUUUCUUUUUCUACUUCUUAGAUUGUUCUUGUCUUCUUUAUUUGGUUAUUCAUGAUUUCCUGACCCUUAAUUGAGAGAUUUCCCAAAGGCCUUGUCCUUUAUCUUCCUAUUUAGUUCUUUCUUCUUCAAUGAACACAUUUAUUUCCAAGAAUUUGUCAAUCACUUUAUAAUAAUAAAUACAGUGAAACCUCUGUAAGUUAACCACCCAAGGGACUGUAAAAAACUGGUUAACAUACAGAGGUGGUCAACUUGAAGCACUAGGCCUAUUGUACUGAUAGGUACACGUGGUGCAUGUCCAGUCUAUGAAAAUUAGAUCAACUUAAGGAGGUGGUCAAUGUAGAGAGAUGAGUCAACUGUGUAGGUUCUACUGUACUUACCAAUCUGUGUCAGGCACUGUUGUAAGGUCUGUACACAGUUUGACUUAUUUUAUCCAUCCAAUAGAAGGAAUUUGAAGCACAGAAAGAUUAUGAAACUUGCCCAGGAUCAUGUAACUAAUAAAUUCUGUACAAAUGACCCCCACAUGCAUGCACCACAUGUUUUGGACAUGAACCUGUACUUCAGUUCAGCAUGAAACAGUUUUUAAAUUAAUAAACGAUCAUUUUUAGCAAGUUUUGUUUUACACAAAGUUUGAAUGGUACUUCAUAUUAUAUCAGAAUUGCUGGUAUUGGGGGUUAAAAGGGAGGUGAGCAGAUGUUUAAAUUAACAGAUAAUGGAGAAAUAACCUGUACAUUGCUCAAGUAGAAGUACACAUAUGGAAAGAACAUGAAACCUGCAACACUUUGAAUUACCAACAGAAGGAAAUUUUUUAAGUGUUUAUUUUUAAAAUAUUUGCUAUGUCCAUUUGCAUGACAUGAAAUAGUCUUUCAAAUUUAUUAAUAAGUUUCUAACUCUCAGGAUGUUAGGUAUCUCAUAUCCAUCCCUUUCUCUGAUGCAAUCUCCAACUUUUGGGCUCAAGUGAUCCUCUUCCCUCAGCCUCCCAAGUAGCUGGGACUAUUGGUGCCCACAACACCUGGCUAUUUUUAGAGAUGGGGUCUCACUAUUGCUCAGGCUGGUCUCAAACUCCUGAGCUCAAGCAAUCCACCUGCAUCAGCCUCCCAGAACGCUAGGAUUACAGGUGUGAGCCACUGCGCCUGACCCCAAAUAAAUUAUUUCUAAAGUCUACCUUCACCAAUCCAUCUUCAGCAUGAUUGUUGAUUGCUAUGAUCUUGAUACCUGUUCUAAAAACGUCCAAUUGACUUCUAAUCUUAUAGUGAGAAACUCCAAAUUAGCUUGACCUCCAGAAUCUACGAAAUGAACAUUGUAAGAAAGCAUAUGAAUAAAUUUCAGGUAUUUUACUUGGCAAACAAGAUUCUUGAUUUGUUUUGAAAAUUUUGAAAAACUACUUUGUGAGGAGUCUUGUUAAUCUUGUUCUGCAAUUAUCUCAGGGUAUCAAACUACAAUCCAUGGGUAGAAACUACAGUUAGACAUUUCUGCAUAAAAGAUCCCCAACUGGAAUAGACCAUCUUAUUAUCUUAUAAGUGAUGUUGAAGGAAGUCAGAGGUCAAAUACAUACAUAAUUGAAUGACAAAACAAAGUACUGUUGCUUGAAAUCCUAAAAUAACAGAAGUUCUAAUUCUGAAGAAUUACUGAAACAAGAGUUACUGAUCUUGUUAUGAUUUACUUAGGAAAAUUACCAGAUAAAACUCACUUCAUUAACCAGCUUCCAAAAGGGUGCAUAGAAUAAACAUGCUAAUACCUCCAGCCUACUCUCCUCACUGUCUCCAAGAAUGUUGAGGGUCAGGUUUUCACCUUUCAGGCUAAAGAUUAAAACAGUUCUGUGAGAACCACAACCAGGAGGAUAUACCUAAAGAUAUUGACAUCAGGAGUUUCUCAACCAGCAGCCCACCCAGAUAACCUACAAUAUGAUAAAAAUUAACAAGUUCGAGUUACAGUACCAGAACAUCACAUCAGCUUUGUAGUCCCUUCUAUUAAAGAAAAUGUAUUAAAAUUUCAAAACCAUACAAGAGAAAAGAACAUGGAAAAAUGAACUCCAUGUGCAUAUGCAACUUCAACAAUUUUUGAUUCAGGGUUAUUCUUUUUUUGUCUAUGUCCCACCUCACUCUGGUCAAGAUUACUUUGAAGCAAAUUUUAGAAUUUGUGUUUAUCCAUAAAUAUUUAAUUAUCUAUAGGAGAUGAUAAGUCUUUCUAAAAAACUAACAAUAGAUUCCGGGCACAUGUCUAUAGUCCCAGCUACUGGGGAGGCUGAGGUGGGAGGAUCCCUUAAGCCCAGGAGUUCAAAACCAGCCUAGCCAGAAUAAAAAAUGAAUAAAUAAAUAAAUAAAAGUCUAACAAUAGUACAGUUAUUGCACCUAAACAAAGAUAUCUAUUUUGUCAAAAUCAUUAAAGAUUCAUUUAGUUUUCAAAUUUUUCUGUUUCUGCUUCACAUAUAUAUAAGUAGAAUAAGUUAAAUAUUCAAAUAAGGUCCAUCCAUUGUGAUUAUUUGGAACAUAUCUUAAGACUUUUAAUACAUAAGUUUCCCCCACAAUCAUUUUUUCUUACAGUUUAGUAAAAGGCAAAAUAUUUAUACAAUCUGAAGAGAAACCAGAGUAUUUUCUUGCAAUUUCUUUAAUGAUUAGGCUGUACUGUGGAGUUUCACCCAGUUUGCAUUUUAAUUAUUGCACCCCUUUGGUGGUAUUUAGCAUAUUCCUCUGCCUCUAUAUGUCCUAUAAAUUAGUAGUUAGAACUAGGGGCUUUAUCAAAUUCAAAAUAGAUUUGGUUUUGGUCAGACUGCUUCCUAUAAGUGUCAGUCUAAGCCUUUUUGGUUUAACAUGAGUAUUUGGUUUAACAUUAGUCUCAUAGAUUCCUUGCUUUCUGGUGAAAAGAUUUGCCAGGUUUAGCUAGUAUAUUUCCUUAGGAAGAUCCUUCUUUCUAAAAACUAAUAGUAGGGAAAAUAUAAAAUCUGAAUAGUCUAAUACCAAUUAUUUAUCUUUUUUUUUUUUUUUUUUGAGAUGGAGUCUCUAUCACCCUCGGUAGAGUCCCAUGGCAUCAUAAUUCACAUCAUCUCAAACUCUUGGAUUCCAGUGAUCCUCUUACCUCAGCCUUUGAGUAGCUGGGACUACUGGCAUAUGCCAUCACACCUAGCUAGUUUUUGUAGAGACAGGGUCUCGUUCUUCCUCAGGCUGGUCUUGAACUUCUGAGCUCAAGCAAUCCACCCUCAUUGGCCUCCCAGCGUGCUAAGAUUACUGGCUGAGCAACCAGGCCCAGCCUAAUACCAAUUAUUUAUAUAUACCUAGAAAAAAAACUCCGGGCUCAAAUGGUUUCACCAAUUAAUUCUACUAAACAUGCAAGGAAAAAUAAUGCCAACAUUAAACUCAUGAAGCCUGCAUAACAUUGAUAACCCCAAAGAGAAGAUUAAAAAAAAAAAAUUGCAUGUCAUUAUUAUCCAUGAAUAUAGUGAGAAAAAUAAAAAAUAAUAACAAACCGAAUCUGGUAAUAUACAUGUAUAUGUUUUAAAAGAUAUUAUAUCUUGAACAAGUUAAAGUAAUUCUAGCAAUGUAAAGCUGGCUUAGCAUUCAAAACUCAAUGAAGAUAAUUUACCACAUUAACAGAAUGGAGGAAAAAAUUAUGUAAACAUUAGAUACAGCAAAAUGUUUUUUUUUUUUAUUUAUUUACAAUGUUUUUUAAAAUCUCAGCUGGAUGCACUGGCUCAGACCUGUAAUCCUAACACUCUGGGAGGCUAAACCAGGAGCCUCUUACAUUCAGGCAUUCAAAACCAGCGUGAGAAGAACUGGAUACCCAUCUCUACAAAAAAUAUAAAAAUUAGCCAGGUGUGGUGGCACAUACCUAUAGUCCCAGCCACUUGGGAGGCUGAGGGUGGAGGAUCAUUUGAGCCCAGGAAUUUGAGGUUCCAAUGAGCUAAGAUGAUGCCACUGCACUCUAUCCCAGGCAGCACAGCAAGACCCUGUCUCCCCCACAAAUUAAGCCAUAGGUUCAUUACAAACUAACUAAAAACCCUAACAAUGCAUUUUUGAGGAAAGUGACAAAUUGAUUCUAAAGUUUAUAUUGAAAUGCAAUAUAAUUCUUGACCAAGAAUAGCCAAAUUAGUCUUUAAAAAAAAUAACAAAGGUAUAGGACUUUAGCAGAUGUCAAGAUAUUCUAAAGCAGUAGGCAAUUUGGCAUUGGUAUAAAGAUAGACAAUAAACCAAUGGAACAGGAGGAAAGGCAGAGAUUCGUAAAAGGCAAGAUUUUAUAGUUUUACAAGUAAGUGUUGGAUAAUAUUUAUAUGCCCCCAAGUCAAAAAAAGAUUUGAGACAAAAAAGGGGGGCUAAUUUUAAAUUAAUUUGAAAAGAAAAUUUUGGAAACUUCAACUAGUUUAAAAAGAAGGAAUUAUUUCAUCAAAAACACUAUAAUGAAAGGAAAACUACAAUUUUCUCAUGAAUUGUAAGAAAGAUAGCUGGAAGAAACAUUUGGAUCAUAUGAAUUGCCUUUCCACCCUCCACCCCCUCCCACUCCCAGCCCCCCACCCCCAGCUAGGGCUGGACUUGAACCCACCACCUCCAGCAUAUGGGGCUGGCGCCCUACUCCUUUGAGCCAUAGGCAUUGCCCCUGAAUUGCCUUUUUUUUGAGAGAGAGAGAAAGUUUCACUUUGUCGCCCUCGGUAGAGUGCCAUGGAAAUGCUGGAUAGCUGAUAGCUCACAGCAACUUCAAACUCUUGGACUCAAGAGAUUCUCUUCCCUCAGCCUCCCAAGUAGCUGGGACUCCAGGCGCCUGCCACAACACCCGGCUAUUUUUAGACAGAGGGAUGUCGCUCUAACUGAGGCUGGUCUUGGACCUGUGAGCUCAGGCAAUCCACCCAGUUCUGCCCCCAGGUGCUGGGAUUACAGGCGUGAGCCACCGCCUCUGGCCUCUGAAUGACUCCAUCUUAUUCUCACUACAUGUGAUUUCACUGUGAGCUGUGAUAACAUGGUACUCUACCCAGGGCAACAGAGUGAGACUGUAUAAAAAAAAAAACAAGAAAAGGGGGCA